GGAGAAAAUAGACGAUGCGGUUCGUGUGCGGAGCGGCACUUCUUUUCUUCUCUCUCCUCUCGCACCGAAUUUUUUUAUUCUUGUUUUAUCUUUCCUUUUCGAAUCACAUCUGGGGAACAACAACAGCCACAACCACCGGUGGCGAAUCCAUCCCAGUGAGACCAGAUGCCAUCACCGCGAGGGCGAAGACACCGCGGCCCAUCAGAUGGAUUAUCGCGGGGGCCGCAGAGGCAGAUUCACGUCGCGGGAGGUGACCGAUGACUUCCCUUGCGUGAUCCGCUAUGACGCUCGUCGAUGGCCAUUUCUCUCCCUUGCAGCGUCAGAUGUCCAGCUGUAGGCGAUCGGUAACGGUCCGGGGAGGACUUGGAUCAUUGCGUUCUUUUUCUUUUACCUUGUACAUUAGCCACCGUGCUGGCGGCCGUGGGCAUUUUCCUGAUCGUUGUGCGUGGGGUGUAUGCCCUCCGUUGUGGUGCUGAUCAGCAGCGAGGCACUGCACAAUUCCGCUGAAGUUCAAGAGAAGUUAAAGGAGAGGAAGCAUCGUUCGUGUCUGCCUGAGAAAUUCAUUCGUUGACGAACUCGCUGUUUGGCCCUGCACCCGUUAUUCUAUUCUUUGACGGGACAUAGCUGAGAAGAACGGGGAGAGGUUGCGGUUGCGCUUCCACUUUCACGUCGCCGCGUGUGACUGAAGGUUUCUUGUUCCGCCAACGCUACUUCCGCUGCUCAUCGUCUGCGCAGAGCGAGGCGGGUCUGUACAGUUGCUCUCUCUCCUCUCUUUUCCUUCUUCUGCUAUGGUGGUUGAACCGUGGACGUGGCGUAGAAAACUUGCUCAGGAUCUGUUGUAAAGCCAGCGACCCUGUGCGCGACGCUGCCAACAUUAUCGUAAAGGACAACAGAAAUCGAAAUCACACCAAAUGUCUCCGUCUGGUAGUCCUACUCUAAUUACUUCCUUGCACAGCCGAAUGCUGAUGCGCUUUCAAAGAAAGUAAAAAAAGGACCUUCAGCUAUUUCGAAUGGAUGGAUUGUACCACCCUAUUCUAGGCCUACGCGUCAAGAAGCAUCGUGUGUCUCGCAGCGUGUUGCACUUCCCUGCCGUCUCUCUCGUUGUUAACUCCGCUUUGUGCACUUUAAGGUGGUACCGUAGUCUCAAACGCCGGGGCUGUUUUGCGCUUCAACUCACUUUUGUUUAUUUUGGCCAAGUAAUCUCACUACGGCAGAAGGAGAAACACGUAGAAGUAAACACGCGUGCGGCUCGUCGUGUUGCUGUCCCACUCCACUGCAAUCGUCUGCGCAAGAACGUUCUGUACCCAGCGCCUGCACGAGUGGCACUUGUCUCUCUCUCCAAGAAAACAUAAUAACGCCCUGCACAGCAGACAACCCGUGGCAUCUGGCUUGGAGCCCUUGCCGUUUCCAAAAUGAAGGUUUCUGGUGCCGAUGUGCUCCGCAAGGUGCGGGAGAAAAUGCGGCGCCGCAACCUCCGUGCCCUCGUAGUGCCCAGCAGCGACGCCCACAACAGCGAGUACGUUGCAAAGCAUCUGCAAGCGCGUGCCUUUGUCUCCAAUUUUCACGGCAGCGCCGGCACGGCGUUGAUCACGAUGGAUAAUGCGCUGCUGUGGACCGACGGUCGUUACUGGACGACGGCCGCGGAGCAACUGUACCCUGAAUUCGAUUUAAUGAAGAUGGGAACGCCGGAGACCCCGACGUUGGAGGACUGGGUGGUGGACCAUCUCGGCCCCAGCGCAAGCGUGGGCCUCCACCCUUAUCUCGUGAAUGUCGCAGAAUGGGAGAAGCUCGAGAAGAAGGUGGCGCUGCACUCGGUGGAGAACGUUGUGCAGGCCAUGAUGCCGCCUGAGAAGGACGUCCGGCCCAUGUACGUGCGGCCUGCGGAGUACUGCGGUGCGACGUGCGUGGAGCGUCGACACGCUCUCUUGCGCGAACUAGAUAAAAAGAAGUGUGAUCUGCUGGUGUUAUCGGCGCUGGACGAGAUCGCGUGGCUCACCAACCUGCGCGGCGCGGAUGUGGACUACAACCCGGUGUUUUAUUCAUAUGCUGUUAUCGAUAAGGAAUCGGAGAAGGUGCGCCUUUACGUCAAUUUGGCGAAGGUGACGGACGAGGUGCGCGACACGUGCGCCGAUUACAUCGACUUUCUGCCCUAUGAGCAGUUUCAAGGCGAUCUGAAGAAGCUGCCGAAGGGCCGCAAGGCGCUUGUCGAUGAACGGCAAACAAGUGAGGCGGUGUACCGCAUCCUGCAAGAAGUCGGUGUGGAGACGGUGCGGGUGCUGUGCGGGCCGGCGCAGAAGCUGAAGGCGAUUAAGAACGAGGUCGAGCUGAAGGGCUUUCGCGAGUGCCACGUGCGCGACGGCGCCGCGCUGACCCGCUACCUCGCGUGGCUCCAUAAUGAGAUCUUCCACAAGGGUGUCACAGACCUGAACGAGUACGAUGCGGCCACCAAGUUGGAGAGCUUUCGGCGACUUGACAGCCGCUUCGUGCAGCUGAGCUUUGAGUCUAUAUCGUCGACGGGCCCCAACGCGGCCAUGUGCCACUACAGCCCCUCGGAGACGAACUCCGCGCUUAUCCGCAAAGAUCAGCUUUACCUCAUCGACAGCGGGGCGCAGUACUGGGACGGCACGACGGACGUGACGCGCACCAUCAGCUUCGCGCCGCCCAGCGCGGAGGUGCGGGAGUCCUACACGCUGGUGCUGAAGGGCCACAUCGCCGUGAACAGCGCCGUGUUCCCGAAGGGGACGAACGGCGCCCGCCUCGAUACGCUGGCUCGCACAGCGCUGUGGAACGUCGGCCUCGACUACGCACACGGCACCGGGCACGGCGUUGGCUCCUUCCUGAACGUGCACGAAGGUCCUUUUGGCAUUGGCAUUCGCCCCAACCCCACCGAUGCGAACAUGGAACUGCACUGCGUCGUGUCGAAUGAGCCGGGCUACUACAAGGAAGGCCACUACGGCAUCCGGAUUGAGAACCUGGAGGAGGUGGUGGAGUGUCCGACCAAGUGCAGCCCGACCGGCUUCUACACACUCACCCACCUGACAAUGGCACCCCUCUGCCGCGACUUGAUCGACGCUGGGGCCCUCACAGAGGCGGAGCGGCAGUGGGUGAACGACUACCACGCCAAGGUGAAGGAUGCGCUGGAGCCUGUGCUGCGAAACGCAGACGAUCACAACGCGGUGAAAUACCUGAAGUACCACACUCAACCAGUUUGA